AUGUCAAAAGCCAUGAGCAAGAACAUGUCGAAUGCGCCUACCAAGAAGUCCCACUCCUUCAUGGUUUCAAGCGUAUUCAAAGUUACCGAGACCCUCGCACCAGCUGACAAUAGGAUCUAUACUUACCAAGGUACAACCGUCGCCAUCACCUGCAGUGGAUGGGACGGUGAUAACGAGCGCGAGUACGACGGCGACCUUAUUGCGUACUGCGGUUCUAUGGAAGUGCCGAUGGACAACCACUGCUACGCUAUCAAGGCCAAGAUGUUACCAAGUCCCGACUCCGCGGACUACAAGCUAUACUUCGAAGCGGACCACAAAAUUCUGGUCGGCACGUCGGACACGUUUGCAGGCGAACUCCAUAACAAUACUUCUGCUUCAGGCUUCGGCAUCGUCUCUUCACGUCGUGAACUGCCAGAGCCAGACAUGGACGACACUACGCUUGCCUUCGUGAUGAGCCACCUCCGUGACUCGAUCGAGUUUGAAGUCGAGUACCGGAUCCGUCCAACAGUCAAAAUGAAAGCAUCUCAAGUAUUGAUCCAGGACGGCAAGGAGACUCUGGUUCAGGGAUUCUUCGUAGAUUGGGACAACGACAACAGUCGGUGGAUUGUCGAGGCAAGUCCUGUCACCGCACUCAACGUGGCCAGUGGUCACGAAACGCUAUCCAAGAAGCGUCCCGCCUCCGGUACUAAAGUUACUCCCACUGGGAGAGUUCGCCCAGCUAAGUACGUAAUCAUGAUGUCACUCAAACAAAUCUCAGUGGCUAAUGAUUCAAACAGGCAUGUCAACACUUCCAGCCCUACCACGACUUCCACCCCUGCGAGCGCUUCUGGCACCGCCGGAAAAGGCAAGAAGCGGCCACCACCUCCCGCCGAAGAGGGCUACUUCAACGACGACGGGAACAUUGUUAUGACUCCCCCUGAAGCUCCUGAACCCGGUCCAAGCACAUCCAAGCGUGCACCUUCAGGACGACAAGCUAAGAAGCCAAAGGGGGCUUAG